AUGCCUUGGGACAUCUACCAUCAAAUCACAGAGGAUGAUUGGAAAACAUUUAUGAUGGAACGAAACAAGCCGGAGAUGUUGGUUCGUAGAGAAAAAGCAAGUAAAAGUGCAUUACAAAACAAGCACCCACAUCGCACAGGCCAAAAGGGUUAUGUUAGAAAGAGACCAGAGUGGAUAAAUGAUGGGCGACUACCGCCAGAGGCAGCUUUAACCCUCUCAAGUGGCUCCUCCUCAGUGACCUCAUCACUCACCACAGCGCCAGAUAGAUUUAAGAAGUUUAGAUCAGUAGAGUGGAUCUUGGCUCAUCAAGUUAAAAACAAAGAGGGAAAGUGGGAAGUUGACCCGAAUGAUAAGGAAGCCGUAAAUAUUGCUAAGAUGGCUUUGGAGUACAUAGAAGAAGAGGGAAAAGGAAAUAUUUCUUUCACCCAGGGAGAAGAUGCCCUCACCAAGGCUAUGGGAAAAAAGGAUCACCGUGGGCGUGUCAAGGCAACAGGUGGAGUUAAUGUCGGUUACAAAGUUGCUUUCGGUCCAAUAGACCGAAAGCUUUGGCGAGAAGAGAGUUUGAAGAUCAAUUAG